UGCGAGCCGGACGGGCGCCACACAGAGGAACUACGACCUUGGCCGCGCCGGGCCGUGAUGUUGUCCCGGACGGGAUGUUGUCCGACGCAGGAAGGGGCGGGCUGCGCGGUGGCUCCGGGAGCCGGCGGAGCAGGAACUGCCGGGAGCAGAAGCCGGGGCAGCACGACGCGCAGCCGCUGCUGCAGCUCAAACACCUGGAGUCGUUCUAUGAAAAACCUCCUCCUGGACUUAUCAAGGAAGAUGAGACUAAGCUAGAAGACUGUAUUCCUGAUGUACCAGGCAACGAGCAUGCCCAGGAAUUUCUGGCUCACACACCAACUGAAGGACUUUGAUGCCACUGGGGAAAGAAGUCAAAGUUAUGCAAUGUGGGUGUGGAAGAGUUUAAAUAAUACUUUUUGGUCUUACUAUUUUUGUUUGUUUUGUUUUCAUAACAAGGACCAAAAGGUGGGUAGCUUAUAAAAAAGUUUCU